AUGACACGCUAUCUGACUCCAUGGAGAACAUGUCUGCUGUGUUUGAUCAAAGUUUACACCGAUGGACUUGUACCGAACUCGUCAGCCGUGGAUGUUUUGUCUUUUCUCACGGCAGGACUGUUCCCUCUGGAUCCCGCCGAUAAGCAAUGGGAAAAACAUUACCUUCCACGAAUCACUGAUAUCGAAGAAGCACUGUCAGGCCUCGAAUCAUCUGUCCCCGGCCGAUCAGUAUGGGACUUGUUUCUCAAGAAGAUAUGGUCAUUGGACUCAUUAGAUGCCCUUGAGGUAUUCUAUAUCGAUGAAAUACCUUCUUUGUUGACCAAGACACGCGAGCAAUUGAUUGCCGAUCGAGACAAUGGUCUUGCACCGGAAAAUGAGAGGAUGCGGCUGUCUCGGAGCUCACCUCUUGGUGCAUUUGUGCGCAGAGCAUACUUGGAAUAUGCGAGACUGCAAUUCCAUGACUCGGUGAUGCUGUGGUCUGCUUUUGUCAAGUACCGAUUGCCGACGUACCAUAUGUGGACCCGGAGAAAUGCCGCGGACAAGCAAGCGCCAAUUGACAUAAACCUGCCUUUGGAUGAGGCUCAAUUCAGUGCUCACCUUGCGCACGUAGUGUACGGUAACAUUGAGAAUGGGGAAGAAGACGAAGGGUCCGUGAGCGUCAAGGAUGCAGACCGACUCAUCGAGUUCCAGGUCGCCGAGCUACAGAGACACGGCGGUAGAGUGCCCGAGGAAAUGCGACAGCAUCUCAAACGUAUCAUGACCUCGGAUUCGAAUGCGCCGACGAUGAUAUACUAUCUGGAAUACCUUGAUGCGUGGAGAGCCGGCGAUUAUACAUCUGCGUUCGACAAUCUCCAUCGUUACUUCGAUUAUACAAUGCAUAGCAACGCCGAUCGAAGCGCCUAUCAAUUCGCGCUCCUCAACCUUGCAAUCAUUCAAGCUGACUUUGAAUGCUUUGAUGAGGCUAUUUCCGCAGUACAAGAAGCUGUUGCGAUCGCGCGUGAGUCCCAUGAUAUGAAUUGUCUCAACUUUUGUAUGAGCUGGCUUUAUCACUUCGGCAAGGCCUUCCCAGAGCACAUGCGGGAAGUUCAAAAUAGUGGAAUGCUAGGCAACGAAAAAGAGGGCCUGGCUUUUCUCAAGGCCAAGUCCAAGGAGACGGAAAUGUGGUCACUCAUGAGCAUGACCUUCCUGAGCGAGGCCAAGUUGGAGAUGCAGCAGGGAGAAAGUCUAGCCGCUAUUGUAGAAUCGUUCGUACGAGCAUCCCACAUCAAUAUUACGAAAGCUCUCACGAACCCAACCGGACCCUACAUGCUGCUCCGAAGCGCCAUGUAUGCACGGAUCGGUGCUACGCAUCUUGCCUGGCUAGACACUGAAACAUUUAAUGAAUGCUACAAAGAAAGCCGACCCUAUGAGGACUUUGUCAAGCUGACGUAUCGAAACUGUCAAAUUCUGGCACUCAAGGGGAAUUGGAAAGAAGCUAUAGCUCGCAUGAGCAGAGUCGAGCCGGACAAGCUGAGGGCUUUCAAGUACAACAAUUCUUGGACGUAUUAUUCUGGUCUUCUUCAGUUGCGAAGACAGAUCAACAGGGACAACCGGGUAGCCGUGGAACACAUCCUCGCCCAAUUGCAAGCCAUUCAGUCUCUAGACCUCGACAUGCGCCUUCUUCUCGCCUUUUAUACCAUCGAAUACACCCUCCGUCAGGGAGAUACCAGUCGCGCCCUUCGCAUGGUUGAACAAGCCGCUGAUUCCAUCCAGCCCGAGAAUUUCGACGUGCAUUCCCAAAUAAAACUCCUCUGUCUAAAAGCUCGAAUAUUGGAGAAGACCGGCCACCCACAACGCGGCUUCUCUCUCGCAAUGCGCGCUGCGAGUAUUGCCUACCGAUCGAAGGUUCUCUUUGACCUUUGGGAGGCGAUAUGCACCCUUGCCGCAGUGCUUCUAUCUUUGCGAGAAUUCGAAGCCACCGCCGAGCUGAUUGAGAGCAUUGUACCGCAGAUUCUCGAAGCCGAGGACAGUGCUCUGACAGCGCGGGCAUAUUCGCUUCUCGUUGACGCCAAUAUGGGCACCGCAGGGGAGCUAUGGUCCCAAGGGAGACAAGAGAGCACCAUGGCCGCCAAGGAGUAUGUGAACCGUGCCUUGGGUUACAUCGAAUCGGCUUACGAUGCGUUCGAGGAAAUUGAAGAUAUCCUCGGCCAAACGGAAAUGAUGGCCAAGAAAGCCACUGUGAUGCAUUUGACGGGUGACCCUGUCUUGGCUAAUGACUACGCGGCAAAAUACCUGGACUUGCGCAAGCGCAGAGGGCCAGAGAUAUGA